AUGUCCUCUAUCUUCACCGACGACGUCCGCACGGCGGCGAACCCGUACAAGGUCUUGAUAGCUGGUGGCUGUUACUCGGGUCUCUCAGCAGCCAUCAACCUGCUGGAGCGGUGUGAUACCAUUGAUUCUCCGAUCCCAGUCGAGAUCACCAUCGUCGAUGAACGUGACGGUUUCUUCCAUGUCAUUGGGUCCCCACUGGCACUGGCCACAAGGAGCUACGCGGAGAAGGCGUGGGUAGAAUACAAGGACGUUAAGGUGCUCCAGAGACCGGAUGUGCGCUUCGUACACGGAAGCCUCAACAAGAUCGACUGCGAGACCAAGAUGGCCACUAUCUCCGAAGGCCAGACAACACGGACGGAGACAUACGACUUCUUCAUCGCUGCUACGGGUCUACGGAGAGCAUGGCCCGUUGUGCCGCAGGCGCUGAGCCGCAAGUCAUAUCUGAUGGAGUCGGGGACGCACAUUGACAGCGUGACGAAUAGCACGGCACCAAUUCUCGUUGUUGGUGGAGGUGCUGUCGGGAUUGAGAUGGCGGCAGAGCUGAAGGAGGUGAAGCCCAAUGUCAACGUGACACUAGCACACUCGCGAGACAAGCUCCUCUCGGCCGAACCGCUCCCCGACAUGGUCAAGGACUGCGCGCUCGAACUCACGCAACAGACCGGCGUGGAAGUCCUGCUGAACCACCGACUGACAAGCGCCACUCCCGCGAAAAACGAGAACGGCAUCGGUGUCUUCGAAGUCGAGUUCUCCAACGGCCACAAGAUGGUCGCCAGCCAGGUCAUCAUGGCCAUCUCGAAGAGCACACCCUCCACCGACUUCCUGCCAAAGGCCGCCCUCAGCACCGAUGGCUACGUCAACAUCCAACCGACGAUGCAGCUCGCGCCCGAGACCCCAAACGCGGCGUCGCACUUUGCCGUCGGCGACCUGAUCCACUGGUCCGGCAUCAAGCGCUGCGGCGCGGCGAUGCACGAGGGCAAGUUCGCGGGCCUGAACAUCCACCAGAUCAUGCUGCAGCACAUCCAGGGCCGGGAGCCCGUGUUCAACCGGCUGGGCGAGAUCCCGCCCAUGAUCGGGCUCGCGGUCGGGAAGAAUGCCGUGUCGUAUGGGCCUGAGGGCAUGAAUCAUGGGCCGCAGGUCAUGCAGCGCUUUUUUGAGGACGACCUGGGUUUCAGGAUCGUUUGGGAUCACCUUCGUCUAGGAGGUAUGAAUGCUUAA